AUGGAGGCGCUGCGUAGGAUGCCCGAGGUGCAGGCUCUGCUGAGCAUGCCUGCGCUCGCGGGCGUCGAGCAGCGCCCGGCGGAGCUGGAGCGGCUGCUGCAACGAGUUCUGGUCGACCCCGAGCUGCAGCGCGCGGUCGGCGAGCGGCGCGUGACUGGCGCGAUGCUCGAGGCGGCGCUGCGCGAGGGCCCUCUCGAGCGCAGCAGGGCGGGCGCCGCCGCGGCCGCCACUGCAGCCGCGAUGGAGGCGCAGCUCGACGGCGAGGCCGAUGGUGAGGCCGUGGGACGGCUUGAGGGACUCGGCUUCACGCACGCCCAGGCGCUCGAGGCGUACCUGGCGUGCGGCAAGGACGAGGCCGUGGCCGCCAACCUGCUGUUUGAGGGUGGGUCCUAGCGGGCGGGGGUGGUCGUAGGAGAUAGAUCGCAAUGUAUUGUUUGGUGUAUUGUUGUGUCCAGUAGGUGCCGCAGCAGGCCAGAUUAGGUCUAAGAAGAGGCGCGCGGGGUUUCUGACCGCGCAAGAUAUAAA